AGAGAGAGAGAGAGAGAGAGAGAAGCCUGCACGAGUCCCCAUUGGAGAAAGAAGGCGAAGGAGCGCCCAGGCAGCCCCGCUUUACCGUAAUUCCCCAUUUGCGGCGCGCGCGAGACCACUUUCUGGAGCUGUUUCCAGAACAACAAGGAAAUAUACCAUUGCGAUUUUGAGUGGCGUGGAAGUGUAUCAGAAUUGUGUGCCUGCCUGAAAGGAGCGACGUUUCAUCGCAAGCUUGGAGCCUCUACUUUGAAGGCAACUUUCCUGAUGGGCUUUGUAGGACUCGCUGCAAAACCCUAGAGUUGGAAGAGACCUCGUGGGCCAUCCAAGAAGCAGGGAAACCGCACUCAAGGCAAAGCGCUGAAGUGAGAAAGAAGAGACGCGUGUCCUUGGGAGCUUCUUGAGCCUCGGUCUUCAACGCUGGGCUCUCAAAGGAAGGAGACGGGAGAGGAGGAGCUCGGAGAAGAGAAACUUCGGGAGAGAGAGGGAGAAAAACCCGAGAUGUGGAUUGAGGACAACGCUUGGACCCGCUUUGCCCGCCUUUCCUGAAUUGUAUUGACUGACUCUCUCACUUGGAAAAAUGAAAGACGUGAAGACCAAAAGCGACGCCAGGGAUUUCAUCGCUGCCUGUUCCUCCUCUUCCCUUCUGCCACCCGCUGAAGACCCCUUCCCUCGAAGGGAGGCUUUCGAAGCCAUUGACUUAUCCCUGGAUGGGAUCUUGUACCCCAGGAGUUGCGAGGAUGGAGAAGAGGAGGAGGAGGAAGAGGAAGAAGAGGAGGAGGAGGGCAAUGAAGAGGAAGGAGGGGGCGCCCAGGGAGGCUGCCCUUCCCUGGACCGGGUCCUGGAUACUCUCCUGACCCCUGCGCCCCCCUCCUCUUCCUCCCCCUCCGUCGUCCCUCAAGCCAACCCCGAAGGGAACCCUCCAGCCCCGACGUGGCCCUUUUUCGGCGCCGAAGAGGCGCACUUGGAGGGCACAGCCAACGCCAGCUUGCCCUCGAAGGAGGCGGACGGAGAGGAGGAAGAGGAGGAGGAAGAAGAGGAGGAGGAGGAGGAAGGGGGAAAGCCCGCCUCAGGGCCCGGCACUCGGCUCCCGCACGCCUCCGACGGAGGAGGCCACGACUUCUUCAGCCUUUUGCCCCUCAACUCGGCUUAUUUGGCCGCCAGGACUCGGCAGCUGCUCGACGGGGAGGGCUAUCCCAACGGAGCCUUCGCCGGCGCCCCUUCCUCCUCUUCCUCCUCGCCUCCCUCUUCGGACUUGGCGCCUUACCUGUACCACCACAACGGCCAUUCAGUCAAGGAGGGGCUCCUCGGUGGGGACGCGCAGGCCGGGUUCAAGAUCAAGGAGGAAACUCUGGGCAAAAACAACGCCUACCUGAGCGCCAAGCUGUCGGGGCAGCCGGGGCAGGCGCUUCCUCCUCCUCCUCCACCUCCUGCUCCUGCUCUGCUCAAGAACAUUGUAGGCAACGGGGUCUCUCCCCACGAGCACGAAGCCCCCUCCUCGGCACUGGAGAGCAUCCUCUACAAGGCGGAGAUGGCCGCCUCGUAUGGAGCGGCGCCCUGCAAAACCCCCGCCCCCGGCUGCCUCCCCACGCGGGACAACGGCCUCAGCCUCCCCUCCACCUCCACCUCCCUCUCCACCUCCUCGCCCCAGGCCUUCUACCAGCCCCUCGCCUUCCCGGGCAGCCAGCACCUGGCCGGCUUCAAGGACGCCUUGCCGCCCUUCUACUCGCCCUAUUUCAGCUGCAUCAGGUCAGAUGCAGAACCUGGCCAGAGCCCCCAAUAUGGUUUUGAAUCAUUGCCUCAGAAGAUCUGUCUUAUCUGUGGUGAUGAAGCUUCAGGAUGUCACUAUGGAGUCCUCACCUGUGGAAGCUGCAAAGUCUUCUUCAAGAGAGCAAUGGAAGGUCAACAUAACUAUUUAUGUGCUGGACGGAAUGACUGCAUAGUGGACAAAAUUCGUCGGAAGAACUGUCCCGCAUGUCGCUUGAGGAAAUGCUGUCAAGCUGGCAUGAUAAUUGGAGGUCGGAAGUUCAAGAAGUUCAGCAAGGUCAAAGUUCUGAGAGCAUUAGAUGUCGUUGCACUCCAGCAGUCAUCCAUCCUCCCUAACGAAAGCCAAGUGUUGGCACAGAGGCUGUCUUUCUCUCCAAAUCAAGAGAUCCAGUUUAUCCCUCCACUUAUCAGUGUCUUACAAGGCAUCGAGCCAGAGGUUGUCUAUGCAGGCUAUGACAACACACAACCAGAAACUCCAAGUGCUUUGAUGACCAGUCUUAAUCAGCUAUGUGAGAGGCAACUCCUUUGCGUAGUCAAGUGGUCCAAGUCAUUACCAGGAUUCCGAAAUUUACACAUUGAUGACCAGAUAACUCUUAUCCAGUAUUCAUGGAUGAGCCUAAUGGUGUUUGCCAUGGGAUGGAGGUCUUAUAAGCAUGUUAGUGGUCAGAUGCUGUAUUUUGCACCAGAUUUAAUAUUGAAUGAACAGAGGAUGAAAGAAUCGUCAUUCUAUUCUCUAUGCCUGUCCAUGUGGCAAAUCCCGCAGGAGUUUGUCAAGCUACAAGUCAGCAGUGAAGAAUUCCUCUGCAUGAAAGCCUUGCUGCUCCUCAGUACAGUUCCAUUGGAAGGUCUCAGGAGUCAAAACCAGUUUGAUGAGAUGAGGUCAAGUUAUAUCAGAGAAUUGGUCAAAGCAAUCAGCUUGCGGCAGAAAGGGGUCGUGGCCAGUUCACAACGUUUCUAUCAGCUUACCAAAUUUAUGGACUCCUUGCAUGAUCUUGUGAAACAGCUCCAUCUCUACUGUCUGAACACAUUUCUCCAGUCCCGGGCGCUGAGUGUUGAAUUUCCAGAGAUGAUGUCGGAAGUGAUUGCUGCACAACUCCCUAAGAUCCUAGCAGGAAUGGUGAAACCUCUUCUCUUUCACAAAAAGUGAAAGGCCUUUCCCCCAACUCUGCUUUUGUAGAGAUUGCGCCCUACAAGUGGAUUGUUACCAAAUAAAUGAAUAAAAAUCUUGGGUAUCUUUGAGGGGUUGGAAUUCAGCAGUGCCAAAAUAUUUACAGUCUCUGUUCCACUU